UUGAAUCGUUCUUUGACAAAUAACUUUCAAAAUGAAAUACUUUGUUUUGUUAGCUGUUGUUGCCAGUAUCGCUGUCGCUAUUCCAGUUGAAUUCAGCGAAGAUGAGCAGGAAUUUUAUCUGGUUCCUGUAGAACGUGAAAAAAGGCAAACGAAAUGGGAUAUUUCCGACACUGGCGCAAAAGUGGGCCACUCAGGCACCAUCUUUGACAACGGCAACCACGGGUUAGACGGUAGUGCUUAUGUCGCCAAAAACUUUGGAUCACACGGACUGAGACCUGACCAGUUGGGAGGCCGCCUAGACUACGCCCACAGGCCUUCUGGAUCUGGUGCUUUCAUAAGCGCGGACAACGCUCGAGGCUAUGGUACGGAUGUCAACGCUGGGGCUCAGUACAACUUUGUUCACAGGAAAGAUCUCGAUGUGGGUGUUGUUGGUCAGUACGGGAGACAUUACGGAGGACCGUUUGGAACUAGCAGCUCUCAACGAUACGUGGGACUUACUGCUACGGGAAGAUUCUAGAAGACUUGCAUUUUUUAUUUAUUUAUAAUUAUUUAUUAAUUGAAGUGUUUUUAUUUUAAACGAAAUAAACGUGGCUAUUU